CGCGAGAGAGGCAAAACUCAUUAUUCUAUACCCAAUAACCCAUCAGGCAGCUUGCCGCUUCGUGCCGUCAUCCUCUUUUACUUCUUAUCAUACCUAUCGACACCUCUGCCUUAUGCCACUAUUAUCAUCGCCCAUGUCCUCAUAACAGGAUGAAAUUCUACGAGUCUUCCUUCAACUACGACUAUACCUUCCCUGCGGUGACGUUGGCGUACUUCCUUCGCUACCCCAAUCCAUAUUCUCGACAUGUGCUAAGCUCGGAUGUUAUCGAUCGAUAUGUCGAUCCUGAAACAAAAAGACUGCACACUGUGAGAUUACACCUGAAGAAGUCUAAGGUUCCUGCAGCCAUCCUCAAGUUUUUGCCUGGUGGUCUCGCUGGACCCAAUGGCUCGAGUCAAAGUUUUAUUUUGGAAAAAAGUACCAUCGACAUGAAGGAAGGUUGGAUGGAGACAGAGUCCAAGAACAUGGAGUGGACGGGCAUCUUGACUGUCAUUGAACGUCAGAGCUAUAAGAGACUGCGUUUAGCCGAUAUACCUACCAACGAUAGCAAGCAGCAUGUCAAAGAGACCACCGGCUGCCAGACGGUGGUCACCUUUGUGUCCAAGCUUGGCCAUGGCAAGAUUUUAUCUCGGAAAAAGCAAGAUCAUCCGGUAACGGUAGAAGAAGAACAUCAUCCCAAGCAAGGGUUUUUCGCUGCCUGGUCCACAGCCGGUAUCCAACGAACAAUCGAGUUGGUGGGAGUGAAGAGGACAAAAUCAGCAUUGGCCAAUGGAAAAGAAGGUAUGAACGUGGUCCUGGAACGACUCAGAAGCGGCGGCCUCGUUGCUGUAUUGGAAGGCAUGAGGAGGGACCGCAUGGAAAUGACGGGGGUCGGCGAAGGCCUCGGCAAUUCUGUGUGGCACACAAGGCGUGACGGCGAUCAUGACUCUGACUGAGCAGCCUCAGAACAGUUUUGGUGCCGAAAUUCACAUGAUCAUGUACAACUAACAUUUGUUUUUGCAUUUCUCGAGCACGGCGCUGGGGACCGGUUGGGGCGAGCUUAGCUUAUGGCAUUAAACGAAGCGAGGCACGAUAUCCGUGCGAUAAGCAGGCAUGUCCUCAGGAGACAUAGGUAUCUAAUAUCCUGUCCACUCACAGAAUUUUCUAGCGGCAAUUGUGCUUUUUGUUUCUGUCCCUCAAAUCCCUCAGUGUCUCUUAAAGAGAGAAUGCUUCGAAAAUGGUGGCCUGGAGAUGCCAUCCAC